AGAAAACGUGACUUUGUACAGGACUCACUGAAAUGGCAGUUUUUCAGUUACUUUGGGGUUUUGGAGUAAAAGUGCUUUUAUUUCUGUUUGUUCUUUUUUUCAUAGCGUUUCUCGGUUACUGCUUGUAUAUUAAAUACAUGCACAUGAAAUAUGACCACAUACCUGGACCACCAAGAAACAGUUUUAUUUUUGGACAUGCACCAACAUUUGCGGACAAUAUGAAAAAUGAUACAAAUAUAAAUGACAAAUUCCUUGAAUGGUGUGAGACUUAUGGGCCUGUUUGCAGGCUAAAUGCUCUGCAUCAUGUGUUUUUGAUUGUGACAUGUCCAGACGCAUCAAAGGAAAUCCUGAUGAACCAAAAGUACUCCAAGGACAAGUUGGCUUACAAGAGAAUAGCUUACCUGUUUGGUCACAGGUUUUUGGGAAAUGGCUUGGCAACGACACAUGAUCAUGAGGUGUGGUACAAACAACGCCGGAUUAUGGACCCUGCCUUCAGCAGCUUGUAYUUACGAGGUCUGAUUGGAACCUUCAAUGAGAGGGCAGAGACACUGAUGGAUACACUUGCAGAUGUUGCUGACAAUAAAAAGGAGACUCACAUGCUGCACCAUUUUAACUGUGUCACACUUGAUGUGAUCGCAAAGGUUGCYUUUGGUAUGGAUUUAGACCUGAAGAGUAAUUCACCUUUCCCUAAAGCCAUUGAGACAUGUCUGAAAGGAAUGGUGUACCACACUAGAGACUUUUUAUUUGAGUAUAAGCCAAAGAACAGACGAUUUUUAAAAGAAGUGAGUGAAGCAUGUMACCUGCUGCGAACAACUGGUGCUCAGUGGAUCCAGAAGAGAAAGACUGCCAUGCAGAAUGGUGAAGAAGUCCCAAGAGACAUCCUCACACAGAUCAUCAAAUCUACUGCAACAGAAAACAUGACUGAAGAAGAUGAGGAAUUCAUGUUGGACAACUUUGUGACAUUUUUUAUUGCUGGUCAAGAAACAACAGCUAAUCAGCUGGCAUUCUGUGUCAUGGAACUUGGACGACAUCCUGAAAUUCUGGAGAAAGUGAGGAAAGAAGUGGACGAUGUCAUUGGGAUGAAACAAGAAAUAGGCUACGAUGACCUCGGGAAACUGAUCUACCUCUCACAGGUGCUAAAGGAGACUCUGAGGAUGUACCCAACUGCUCCGGGAACAUCCCGUCAGAUUGWUGAAGACAUGGUGAUCGAUGGUGUCCACAUUCCUGGAGGAGUCAGCUGUAUGCUAAACUCUUAUGUAACUGGGAGAAUGGAAAGGUUCUUCAAGGAGCCACUAAAAUUUGAUCCAGACAGAUUUCACCCAGACGCUCCCAAACCUUAUUACU